AUGGCGGAUGAAACUACCAUGCCACCACUAUCGACAUAUCUAUCCCGCCUACGCACCACAGUCUUUCCAGAUAGCAUCUAUGGGCUCCAGUCUUCGAUCGCUACGCCGCUGCGAUCGUCACAAAUCAACAACAAGAAUGUCACGCUGGUGAUGGGAAAUCCAUCCGCUGACCUCGAUAGCUUUAUCUCUGCGGUCGUGCUCUCGUACUUCUACAACCACAGGCAGAGUCGAACAGCGGCGGGGACCACCAAACACUCAGAGUCCUCGGCACCUAUAGCGCCGACGCUAUACGUGCCGAUAUUGAAUCUGCCAGCGGUCAGAUCUGGAGAUCUAUGGCGACAACGGCCGGAAUUUGCGGUUGCGUUGAAAAUCGCGUUAGGGAAGCCUGUGGGUCAAGAGCAGUCGAGCGAGGGCGACGGAUUGAAUGGAAAAGCAAAUGGCGGGAAAGAGGGUCCUGAAGAGCUUGAGCAGGUGAUCACGAUCGGGGACGUGAAAGACGAUGAGUCAAGCACUCUGCAUGCGUUAUUCUCUUCAAAAGCAGCGGGUCCUGGCCAGGCGGCAGAGUCCGUGUUUUCCUCUGCGGCUACAACUGACGGGCAGUCAAAACAGGCGCUCUUACUGGUCGAUCACAACUCACCUUCGAUCCCGGGCCUAGAUGACGAGACAAUAAAAGCACGCUUCAAUGUCGUUGGCUGUGUUGACCACCACAUCGAUGAGGCUUAUGUGCCUAAAGACGUAGAACCUAGAGUCGUCACUACUGGGAUUGGCAGCUGUACAAGUCUCGUGGUGGAGCACCUCAGACAGCAGGGGUUAUGGCCAGAAGGAGGGUCAGAGAAGUCAGACGUUGGGAGUGCAAGGGACAACGGGGAACAAGGUAAUGCGGACGAGGGCUUAUUGCAGAUUGCGAAGCUUGCGCUCGCUCCUAUUCUCAUCGACACGUCGAACCUGCGUGCGAGAGGCGAUAAAUGCUCAGAUACAGAUCGUGAAGCGGUUCGGUUCUUGGAGACUGUCAUCUCGAAUCACACCGGUAGCGCCCAGGACGUCGCAACCUCAUCGUCAUCUUCUCGCCAACAGCAGCACCAGCAAUCACAACUACAAUCGCAAUCACGAUGGGACCGUACAUCCGAGUACGACGCCAUCUCGACGGCGAAAUCCAAUUCUCUCUCCCUGCUCACGAUGCAAGAGACCUUCGAUCGCGACUAUAAAGCGUGGGUGGAGGUGACGACAGGCUCGUCUAACAGCCAAAAGGUCAAUAUUGGAACGACAUCACUGGUAAAGCCGCUCUCCUGGCUGAUCGAACAUGCUGGUGGAAGACAGCAAUUCGUCGACGAGAUCGAGAAAUUUGCGCUAGAUCCUGCGAGAGAGCUGGGCGUGUUUGCGAUGCUAACGCGCACGGGUACGGGGAAGAAGGAGGCCGCGGUGAUUGUGAUGGAUGAGGGUGUGAAGGGUGUGGUGGAGGCGUUUGAGAAGGGCGGUGUCGAGUUGCGGUUGCAGGGCUGGGAGGAAGAUGGAGACUUGUUGAAACUGCUACGGGAGAGAUUUGUGAAUGUUGCGGUCUGGUGGAUGGGCGAUACUAGUAAGAGUCGCAAGCAGGUUGCGCCGUUGCUGAGGGACGUUGUUAAGAGUUUAUGA